AUGUCUGAUAUAUAUUUGAGGUUGGAGUAUGUUGAUAAACGUUGAGAGGCAGGCACUAAUACUUCAAACUUCAGACUGUUUAUGGUUUUUAUAAAUAUUUUUUGUUUAAAAUUAUUUAAACUGAUCUUCGUAUUUAUACGUUAAUAAUAUAUGGUUAUAAGUAGAUAAUUGAUAUUUAUUUAUUUAUUAUACAUUUUAUAAAGUUGAAAUGGAGCCAAACAUUGUACCUAACAGUUAUUUUACAAGUUACGAAGAUUUAGAGAUUCACAGAUUAAUGUUGGAAGAUGACCCACGGACAUCUACAUACCGCAAAGUAAUACUUAACAAUAAGGCCUAUUUCAAAGAUAAAGUAGUCAUGGAUAUAGGAUGUGGAACUGGCAUCUUGUCUAUAUUCUGCGCUCAAGCUGGUGCAAAAAAAGUAUAUGCAGUUGAAGCUAGUAAUUUGGCUAACUUAGCAAGAGAAAUUGUAAAAGAAAAUAAUUUUGAAGAAAUUAUUGAGGUAAUUCAUUGUAAAGUUGAAGAUGUAGUAUUACCAGAUAACAUUAAGGUAGAUGCUAUAGUAUCUGAGUGGAUGGGAUUCUAUUUGCUUCAUGAAGGAAUGCUUGAUUCUGUGGUAGUAGCCAGGGACAAGUUUCUGAAAGAAGAUGGGGAAAUGUUUCCACAAAAUGCAGUUAUUUAUGUAGCACCAUGUAGUGUACCAUCAUUAUAUGAAAAAUGGGAUAAUUUUUAUGGGGUGUCCAUGUCAUCAUUUUCAAAGCAUUUACGGUCAGAUAAAAGCCACAAACCAGAAGUCAUGCAUAUUAAAAGUGAAGACUUAUUAGGAGAGGAAGUUGCUCUGAAUUGGAUAAAUUUAAGAGAUUGUACUGUUGAGGAAUUGAACUCUUAUUCUGUACACCAUGUUGUAGGAGCAAAUAAAAAUGGCCGCUACCAAGGACUAUGUAUUUGGUUUGAAUGUAUAUUUCCUGAACUGACAACUGAACAACUGAUAGUCCUAAAUACCGGACCAGCAGGUGAACCAACACAUUGGAAACAAACAGUUAUUUUGUUGCCUGAAGAACAAAUAGUUGAAGAAAAAGAACCAAUUGCCUUUAAAUUAGAUAUGAAUAGAGAUGGAGAGAAUUCCAGAAGAUACAAUCUUCAGUUAAGUUUAUUGGACCCUGAGGAAAUUGAACAUCCCAUGCCAUGUACAUGUGAAAUGACAAAAUGCGUACUCAUCAGUGCUGUGAUGAAGCAGCAAGUAGAACAUGCUGCACAACAUAAUUCUGUACUGAAAGAGGAACCUAUUGAUGAUGAGUAAAUUAUGUUUGAAAUUAAGAAAAAUGUGUUUGAUUGACUUUGACUUUAAAAGAUAUUUUGUUUAGAAAGACAAUAUGAGAAGGCUAAAAAUCAAAUAAAUGUCAAAAUAAUUA